GCCAGAGUUCCGUCUUCCUCUAAGUUUUCUCUGGCACCCAUCCAACCCCCCCAAACCCCCCCGCUCCGCAGCCGCGUUAUCCGCCCACCGGAGAGGUGAAUUCUUUCUUUUUUUCUUUAAACCCAUCCUUAUUGAGUGGCUCCAGUUGGUUUUUGGAGUGGGUUGUGGAUGCAGUUGUUGUGCACCCACUUCUCCGAAGAUCCGUGCCGAGCUGUCAAGGCUCGCCGCUGCGUGGCUCCCGACCCCGGUCCCGCGGCGCGUUCUAGCCGAGUUUAAGUCGGAGCCACUCGGCGUGUCGGGCUCCGUCGUCCGGUUUUCUUUUUCUUACUGAGCCAAACAUCCUGCCAAGCUGCCCACCGGCUCAUUUGUCGGCUUCCGAUUUCUUUCUUUUUACUGUUCACCGGGAGGAACGGAGGCGCAGCGGCUGCAGGAACCAUGAGCGGACAAGGGGACGAGGCCGCGGAAAGCUCCCAAGAACCCACCACGGGGGCGGCGGAGCCCCAGAAGAGGAGGCCGGGGAGACCGAGGAAGCCCCCAAAAGAGCCCAGCGGAGAGCCUGUCCCCAAGCGACCGAGGGGCCGGCCCAAAGGAAGUAAGAACAAGGGCCCCUCCAAGGCGGCGCAAAAGAAAGCUGAGGCGACCGGAGAGAAAAGACCCAGGGGGCGACCCAGGAAAUGGUGCUGCCUGCCGGGGCCUGCAUGUCCCAGGUUUACACAGCAGCAUCCACCCACGCAGCGGCCUCAAUUGCUCUACAUCAACCCUUCUGGCAGAACUACAGACGGGAAGGAUUGCAAACUGGUCAGCUCCGCAGCAAGUCGUCCAGAAAAAGCUUGCUCAGGGAGAAGAUGAAGCAGAAGAGGCUGGAGAGUCCACAGAGGAGGACUAAACUACCACACCAUAAAAUCUCUACCUCAUUUAGCUGUCAAGUCUUUCAAAGGGAAAAGACCGCCUUGACCACUUAUUUUUAACGUUUUCCAACAUGCUAUUUUACUCAAGUCAAUUUCAAUUAGAGAAUUUCAGAAACGUCCAGCAAAUAUUUGCGAGCUUUAAAUUCCCUCUCAAACAUUUUCACAUAGACAAAAUAGAAUGCAGUAAAAGGAAAUGUUUAGUAGUUGUGUUGGUGUACAUAUUCAAACCAGCACAUUCAGUUCAGCCCAAGACAUUCUGGUUGUCAAAACAAACAGAUCAGGCAACAGACAGAAACCACAUUGACCUGGUACAACACACUCCUCGACAAGACACGACGUCCUCAGAUCAUCAUCAUGUCCACACGAGUAACAGCUUUAGUAGGGGGAGCAUCAAUCUGAAGACUACGCCAUUGUACUGAUGUGCACAGUCUCAUCAGAACUCUGCUUCUCUCUCGCUGAUGUCGGUGAACUGCCCCUUCUACUGCUCUAGAAAACGAUAGAACCUCUGCACAUCCUGUCGGUGCUCCAACACCAAACUACUGUAUCGCCAUUGCUCGGAUUUAUAUUAACAAGCUUGUCUACAUUGUUUUAUUCAGUUUGUUCUUUGUGCAACAUAGCUUUAAAACCUCAAUUCCAUCAUUGACGUUGAAUCGUCAAAGAACAUUAACCUCAAGAAAAAAACAAAAACAAAAUCAAACCACACGAUACCUCAUGAUUCACUUGAUACCUGGAUAACUCAUCACUACUUCACUGCCCCAGAAAGCCUUACCUUUAGGGAAACCUGAUGGUAUGCCAGCGCCUUCUGGUCAUUGAUGCAAUGCAUCCUAUCAUGAUAUCAAACUACCUCUGACUCUGCACAACCAGCUAACGGAAACUGUUGCUCAGCGCACACAAAACAAUGCCAGGCAAGUCAAGGCAGGUUGAAGAUUGUACUGCACAUUAAAGCGAAGUCAUGCUGGCUAGUUUUUCUCUUCUCAUGAGGGAAUCGAGAUUUCUGCGUCUUUUUUGUUUGAUUCAGUCAGGUAAACACGACAUAAUCCAGAAAGAAAAGAUCCAAAAGUCCUAUAUAACAAAGCCAUGUGCAUCAACGUUAAAAGAAAAUUCUUUGCUGCAGCUAUGACCACCUGUCCUAUUGUUUAUGACAUGAGUGCAUAGAUAUGAAUAAUAUCUGUUAAAACUCUGAAUCUUAAUCCAUACAUAUAUCAUUAGAUUACAAGUUUUUACCUAAAACAGGUUGUGGUCGUGUUCGGUUUGGAUUGUGUAUUCUCUCUUACUCGCCUCGGUCAAGAAAUACUUGAUGGAUUAUAACAAACCUCUUAGCGGAUAAAUUCUGACGAACAUUGAACUAAUGACUGAUCAGGUCUUCCGAUACUUAUAUAUACUUUAUUCAUAUUGAAGGCAGUAAGACCUCUUCACUGAUAUUGAUGCGAAGGGGCCAGUUAUCCAGCCUAAUGAUACCGUAACAUUUGUCUGUGUUUUCUACAUCCAACAGUUAAACUGAGAAUGUCUAUAGUUGUCUCCAACCUCAUCUGUGAAAAGAGACUAGAUAUUAUAAAUGUGACUGAAAUGUCAACAUAACCUUCAGGAAUGAUGGUAACAUUUUGAAAAUAGGACAAAGCUUGCAAUCAAACAUUUGCAGUUUUGAAGUCCAUUUGUCCAUAAUUAGGCUGUGCAUCAAAUGUUACAGCAACACUAAAAGUCUUCUGUUUUUUUGUUUCAGUUUUCUUUGUUUCUCCACACAAUCUCUUAUGCUGCGUUCACACCAAAAGCAAAGCAAAUUAUUCCCGUGAGUAGAUUCCAUGCAAAGUCAAUGCACAGGCGCAAAUGGUUGCGAACAAAGCAAAUUUUCGGCACAGGCACUCCGCAGCUCAGAUUGAACGUCUGUAGUUGGUGUCUUGAGAUCCUGGCACCAAUCUGAGCCAACAGGUCAUCAAACUGGCUACUGGUGGUUAGCCUGAAGAAUUAAGCAAAUUAUGCAAAUUAACCACAAAUAGUUGGGAGAGUAAACUCACGGGAAUAAAGCGUUGCGAGAUUUCACUUUUCGCUUUUGGUUUGAACGCAGCAAUAGAGAUCUCUAGAAUUGAAGUGAAUUUAUUGUCCAGACGCAGUCCUUAGUUUGUCUCACAUUGUGCUAACUGUCCUGAUGUAAUCUUCCCUGAAAAAGCCUCCAUUGAAUGGUUUCUUUUACAUACUUAAAACAUAAAAGCAGCUAGCAUAUUAUGUACUGUUCUCCUAAAUGCUAAUUUGUAUCUCAACAUUGUAAUGAAACCUGUUUAACAUAAUCUUUUUAACAAACUGUUACUUUGAAUUCAUAUUUUUCUGAUUUAUACAAUGGUUUAAUGAGGAUCAAUAGUCUUUAUGGCACUUCAUGAUAUCAAUACAAAUGUUUUUUCUUUUGCCUGAAAAGUUUUUAAUCGUUUUUUCUGAGCUAUGUACUACCUAUAAAUGUACAGUACCUCAAACUGACCGUUAAAAAUGGACUAAUCAAUUCACAAAUACCUACCUCCAGUUUAUUCACAUGUAUGAUAUGAUCUAUAUCAGGACUGCAGAAGCUCAUUGCCCAAUGUAUCAGAUCAAGCUUCCAAUCUCAGUACAUUUGGAUUCUCACAUUCAAAGUGACUUUCGGGUUUUGAAACAAAUAUGUCUGAAUUUUGUAUAUUGUAUUCUUGUAAUAUGUUUUCUUGUUUUUAAUUAGUAGAUAUAUAGUAUAUAGUAGUAUAUUAUUCAAUAUACUUGAUUAGCUGUUUUGUGUACUUCACACAAAUGUGAUCUCUUUUCUUGUGAUAUUGUUAAACCAGAUGUAAAUGGAAUUGCUUUUUACUUAGUGAUGGAUUAUACAAUACAUUACCCAUCACCAUGGCAACCUUUGAAAAGUUUACGUGGUAUAUCUAACUGUGCCUGAGGUAAGGCCUCGUAGGUGCUACGUUGAUCCUGUUAAACCAGCCUUCAUCGGCAACAACAGAAUGGAAGCGUGGCUGUUUAGUACAGGUUGUGGUAAACUCUCGCCAACCAAUAAUCUGCACAAUGCCUUGGAUCAUAAGAUUACUUUUUUGUAAUUGUUUUUAGAAAGCCUAAAAAUACACCGGAAGUGAAAAAACUCAAAUUAAAAUAUUUCCUUCAUAACCUAACCUGUGCAGUUUCUAAUAAUCUGACCAGUCCCAACAGAGAGACACAAGCUGCUAUUAAAUGAGCUACCUGAGUUAGCUGUUGAUAAUGGCUGAUCAGUAGCUUUGAGUCAAUGGCUUUGAAACAGACAGGCUUUAUUUUUAAGAGCAUCCAUUAGCCAGACGGACACCGUGUUAAAAUUCUUUCAGCUCUGAGAGUCUUAAUUUAGAUUUCUCUUCAUGAUAUCCUGUUCUAGUACAAUCAAAUACAAAUUGCUACCUCCAGAAAGGCUUACCUUUACCUCAUUUUCAAAAUUACUGUUAAGAAUUCAGGUGUACGAGAGCAUUUGGAGGACAUUUUAAAAUGUCUAUAUAUAUCUAUAGAUAUAUAUAGAGUAUAUAGUUUAUUUUUUGGGGGAUGAAUUUUAAAAGACGUUUUUUGACUCUCAGUCAUCGUUCGGUAUUACUGGACAUGUAACCUUAAAAAAACAAUUUUCUUACCGUAUGCAAUGUUUCAUAGUAGCUGAGAGGGAAGUGGGGAGAUUUUCCUCUGCCUUGCUACUUCUGUGAGUAUUUUAAAUGUCUUGUACCGUGACUAACUGUUGCUUUCUCUAGCCACAUAGUAUUACUGUAUUACCUCUCUACAAAUUCUGCUUGCUUGUUACACAAAAGUCUGUAUAGAUAUUCACUGCGUUUUACCCAGCACAAUAAAAAAAAAAAGUAUGGCAUCCAUAACACA